CUGAAGUUGGCAAGAAGUUAUCAAAAAUUCCUGUGAUGAGACCCCAUUUUUCUAGAAAUGUUUAUAGCAAAACAAUGGUACGCAAAUUUUCAUUUUGUUAAGGCUGAAGCAAUAUUCUGAGAGUUUUUCAAGAAGGAGAGACGUAAGUGGUGACGACAAUCUUACUGACAUACCAUCAAGGAUGUUUCAAUGUUCUCCUAUAUAUCCCAAAACUGGAAAUAAGUUGUCUUCACCGGAAAAGAGGGAUGCAAUUCCAGACAAGAUUUUUGGUAACCCAAAAUAUAUAUACAAACUAGAAAAAAAAAUCGGGAGUGGCUCUUUUGGCCAAGUAUUCUCGGGGAAAGCAAUUCCAAAUGUUGGAAAAGAUGGUGUACUUAACGGGAAAGCGAUCAAUGGUAUUCAAGAGGUCGCAGUGAAAGUAGAGCCAAUUCGUGCAAGACACCCUCAACUGCUUUAUGAAAGCAAACUCUACAAAGUACUUCAAGGAGGAAUAGGAAUUCCUCAUAUAAGAUGGUACGGUCAAGAGAGAGAGUACAAUGUCUUAAUUAUGGACCUGUUAGGCCCUUCCUUGGAGGAUCUGUUCAACUUCUGCUCGCGACGGUUCACAAUCAAAACCGUCCUCAUGUUGGCUGACCAAAUGAUCGGCAGAAUUGAAUACAUUCACUCGAGGUCUUUCAUUCAUAGGGACAUUAAGCCAGACAAUUUUUUAAUGGGCAUAGGUCGUCACUGCAAUAAACUGUUCCUCAUUGAUUUCGGCCUUGCGAAAAAAUUCAGGGAAAAUAGAACUCGAACGCACAUCUGUUAUAGAGAAGAUAAAAACCUUACAGGCACCGCGAGGUACGCUUCCAUUAAUGCACAUCUCGGUAUCGAACAAAGCCGUCGGGAUGAUAUGGAAUCACUGGGUUAUGUAAUGAUGUACUUCAACAGAGGCAGCCUUCCGUGGCAGGGUCUUAAGGCUGCAACAAAGAAACAAAAAUACGAAAAAAUAAGUGAAAAGAAAAUGUCAACACCUGUUGAAGUUUUAUGCAAAGGUUUCCCUGCUGAAUUCUCCAUGUAUCUAAAUUACUGCCGAGGGCUGAGAUUUGAAGAGGCUCCCGAUUACAUGUACCUUAGACAGUUGUUUAGAAUACUGUUUAGGACGCUGAACCACCAAUACGAUUAUACAUUCGACUGGACAAUGCUGAAACAAAAGAAUCAGCAUAGCUCUGGGGUACCUCCCGCUGCCGUAUCCCUGCUUCCUUCUGGCAGUGCUGGUGCUGGCGGAGCGGGGGUGACAGCUGGUGGUGGAGCUGGGGCAGGAGGAAAUGGUGGUGCCACCGGACCACAGCCGGGAGGAGCAGGUGCACAAGCUCAGCCCCCGCAACAAACACAGUCGGGUCUUCAGAUUCCAGGAAUACGUGAAGGGAUGCGAGCACUAUGAAGAGACCAGCCGUAGAGCGACCACACUUGGUACCCAACAGGAAAAGGAUUGAGAAAGGAUUAUGGUGUACCAUAAAGUUUGGCGAGACAAAUGCAACCAUUGAUAUGUUACAGUUGUAUGGAAUACCAGUUGGUUCAUACGGUUUUCUGGAAAAUUUCUAGUGGACCUACUUCAAAUUAAAAAGGAUAACAUUAAUAAAAUAAAAUAAUCAAAAAUUCAGAUAUCAGUAUGAAAAAUUGCCCUUUUGCCACUGGCCAAAUUUUGAUUCCAUGUACACAAUCAUUUAGUACUAUAUUCAUAUAGCAAAUACACUUUGAAAAGGCCUAAAACUUCAAUUGUGGAUUAAAAUUACUUCACCUUCCUUUUCAUUAUUAUUUUUUAUUAUUACAUUAUUAUUAUUAUUAUUAUUAAAAGGUUUGUCUAUUUAGAUUUAAAACAGAAUUGUAGAUUGUAGUUUUUUGUCAAAUAGCGUUCAUUUUUCCAUACCAAUUUAACAAAAUUUAAAAAAAAAUUAAAGUUAAAAAAUGUGUCAAAAAAGGGAAAAAAAUAAAAAUGUAUUUAAAAAAAAGAACGGAGAGGGCAAACAUUUUUAUAAAGCCUUCAUUAAUUAAUGUAAAUAGUUAAAAAAUUAGAUGUUAACUUAAAAGAAAAAAUAUAUAAAUGUAAGGCUAAUAUGUAUAGCAUUAAAGUAAUAUGGUAAGAAACCUGUGGGUUAUGCAAAUGAAUUUAUCAGUUUAUAAUUGACUUUUAUUUUUUAUUUAUUUACUUGAUCCUUGACAAACGUGAUAUUACGUCAAGCUUCGUUUAUUUCAUUCUUACAGUUAAACACAAAUUUUAUUAUAUUUCAAAAUGUUAUUUGCUCCCCUAUGAAAAAUGUGUAAUUAACAUUUUGCUUUGUUAACUUAUGAAUAUGGUAUUUGAAUGGUUUGUACUCAUAAUUUCAAGUAGGGUUGAUUGAUGUUUCAAAAGAAGAUGGUAUUUUUGUUUAAAAUUAUAUGAAAACCAUAAGAUGGUGUUUUUAAAUAGUAUUAAUUUUGCUUAUUCUCUCUGUUUCAUCUACACUUGCACUCUAAUACUCUCCUAAAACACUGUUUGUUGGUAGCUUUAUCAUAAUAUAUAUAGAUUAAGAUUUACUUUCCUUUUUUACUUUAAGCCAGUUAUUUUUGUUUCUCUUUUUUUUAAUUUACUUAUUAAAUGUAGUUUUAUGAUAUUUACGUAUAUAGAAAAUAAGCUUUCUGUUCUGAAAUAACAACCCCAUCUUUAAAACAAAAAAUGUCAAUGUUUUUAAAAGAUGUUUAAAAAGUGAGGGAAGUGGAUUUGGAAGUUGAUCAAAUCUAAAUGUUCUAUGAAUAUUUGUAUAUUAAUAAUGUGCUAUGAAUACAUAAUAAUACAAUUAACAAUAACAUUUCUUAGGUGUAUAUGUGUGCAUUUUUGUAUGUGUGAUGUACACAUGCACAUAAAACAAACGUAAACAAAAAAACUUGUAUUUAAUUUUUAUUGUGCAACUAUUAUCCCUGUUUGAAUAGAUGGAAAUAGGAGUUUCCAAAUUCAUUUCUGGAAUCCUUAGAUCUCUUUGUGUAUUGUAAUUUGUGACUGGAAAGGAAAAGAGUACACAAAAAUUGAGAAAAAAGAAGCAAAUAUAUGAGGGACGGGCAAAACUAAA